AUCAUCAUCAUCAUCAUCAUAAUCAUCAUACUCACCAGGACUCGAUGAAAGAGUACCGAGUUUCCUAUGCAGCUGAAGAACCAAUGCAGUUCUUCGAGCAUGCGGAUUUGAGGAGGAAGAAGAGUGAGAAGAUGGGUAUGAGAGAGGUUGCAAAAGAAAAGGAGGAUGUUGACAAGGAAGCAGAAGAAUUCAUCAGGUUCGAGCGUAGCAAGUUCUGUGAGUGGAUGGCUUAGAGCUUCUAGUCCAUUGAUGAUGAAUAAUUAAGAAACAUUAAGGACAUAUUUUAUAUAAACUAUACCCUAUUUUAUAUGUAUUGUACUAAUAAUGAUAUAUAUAU